GUCUUUCUAUGAAAAUAGGCUCUGAUGAAAUGGAUAUGGAUACUCAAACAGUUAAAGCAAAAGAAGACCAAGACCCAAGAAAAACCACAUCUCACCAGGAGACAGAGAAUGAGAAACCAGAAAGAAGCCGAGACUCAACCAUUCAUACACUUCGUCAAUUCCUUGUGGAUACAGUUUUCCAACCCCUUUUAAAAGAUGUCAAUGAGCUGAGACAGGAGAUGGAGCGACAGCUGGAGACCUGGCAGGCUCACAACUAUGGGAACGCAGAAGAGGAGAAGGCUGCAGCUGAGAUGUGGCAGAGUUACCUGAUCUUAACUGCAUCUCUUUCACAACAGCUGUGUGAGCAGCUUCGUCUGCUGUUAGAACCUACACAGGCAGCCAAGCUGAGGGGAGACUACCGCACAGGCAAGCGACUGAACAUGAGGAAGAUCAUUCCAUACAUUGCCAGUCAGUUCCGAAAAGACAGGAUUUGGCUUCGAAGGACCAAGCCCAGUAAACGGCAAUAUCAGAUUUGUUUGGCUAUUGACGACUCUUCCAGCAUGGUAGACAACCACACCAAACAGCUUGCAUUUGAGUCUUUGGCUGUGAUUGGAAAUGCUCUAACCCUCCUGGAAGUGGGUCAGAUUGCAGUGUGCAGUUUUGGAGAGUCAGUAAAGCUGUUGCAUCCGUUCCAUGAGCAGUUUGGUGAUUCUUCUGGGUCUCAAAUUCUACGGCUCUGCAAAUUCCAACAAAGGAAGACUAAGAUUGCUCAGUUUCUAGAAUCUGCAGCCAAGAUGUUUGCAGCUGCCCAGAAGCUGUCACAGAACAUCAUUCCUGAGACAGCACAGCUACUUCUCAUAGUUUCUGAUGGACGAGGCCUUUUCCUUGAAGGCAAAGACAGAGUCCUGGCAGCAGUCCAGGCUGCCCAGAAUGCCAACAUCUUCGUCAUUUUUGUUGUGUUGGAUAAUCCCAAUUCACGGGAUUCUAUCUUGGAUAUUAAAGUACCAAUAUUUAAAGGACCAGGAGAGAUGCCAGAAAUCCGAUCUUACAUGGAAGAGUUCCCAUUUCCAUUUUACAUCAUUCUCCGAGAUGUGAAUGCACUUCCAGAGACCCUCAGUGACGCUCUGAGGCAGUGGUUUGAGCUGGUGACAGCAUCUGACUCAUAGAGCAGAAACAGUCUGUAGUGAGGCUGUCAUCUUCCCCUGGUGCUCCCUUUAGACAACUGUUUGUGAACUCAGUGCUCUGAUAGGACUUCGUCUUGAUCUGAUUUUUUUUUUUUUAAUGUAUAAAGCGGUUAUAUAAAAAAUACUUAUUGCACUAUGUUUGUAUUUACAUCAUAGCAGAGCUUAACACAAGCUCUCGAACUCCCUGCUGUGCUGGUGUCCAGCCACCUGCUUUCCUGUGGCAGUGACUUUAACACCUUCUUGAAGAAAUGCUUCCAGGAGCUUAUGGCUGCAUUCUCUGAGUUCCUUUGGAGAAAGGACUAAAGGGAGCGGCAUUUUGGACCCUGCCUUAAGGUCUACACUUGGUUGGGCACUACUUAUCCUGCUCAGAAAGCAGGAAACAGUGCAGGGAUGUUCGCAUAAAGCAACCAGCAAAGUUCUAGCAAAGAUGAUCAUAGAGCUGUGCAAAAAACAAAGCAGCUUUGUGCCCUUCACAGUGGCUGCUUGGGAGACUAUGCAAUAGUAGAAAGGUGACUCUCCCUUUCUUCAUUCUGACUGCCGUAGCCCCUUGCUGUAAUUUAUUUCUUUAGCCACCUUUCCCCACUGUUAAGAGGAAGAACUAUUCCUCAUACUGCUUUCGGCUUACCCUGAGCCAGUCUCACUGUGGAAAGGAAUAAAAGAAUGCUGUAUCCACAAGAGCUAAAUAGCCCCAUCCCCCCUCACUCACACAGAGCACAGUAAUGUUGGGUUUUGUUUGCUUGGGGGUGGGGACAGUUUUACUUGGCCAGAAAGCAGUGUUUGAAUACUUGAAAUCAUGUGCUGUGUUGUAUUUGAAUGUUGUUUGUAAACAUUGUGCUGUACAUCUGUCUCCAUGUCUGUUUGCAGGCUACACUGUGAAGUGUGUGCUACCUUUAUAUGGUGGUCAUCAAAGACAGAUUGCUUAUUGUUUAACAAAGUGUCCUGAAGCAUGUACUUAAAGUUAUAUUAUUUUUUAUUCAAAAACGCUAUGCAGCUUAUAUUCUGAAAACUAUUAAAAAAUUUAUUGAGUUAA